AUGACAGAGCCUCAAUCAGCGUUGUUACUCAGGAGACAGCUCGCAGAGCUCAAUAAAAACCCAGUAGAAGGAUUCUCAGCUGGACUGAUUGAAGAUAAUGAUCUUUACAGAUGGGAAGUUCUAAUAAUCGGGCCACCAGACACACUUUAUGAAGGUGGUGUGUUCAAAGCUCAUCUGACAUUUCCCAAAGACUACCCUCUCAGGCCACCGAAAAUGAAAUUUAUCACAGAUAUCUGGCAUCCUAAUGUUGACAAGAAUGGAGAUGUAUGUAUUUCUAUUUUACAUGAACCUGGGGAGGAUAAGUAUGGCUAUGAAAAACCUGAAGAACGCUGGCUUCCCAUCCAUACAGUUGAAACUAUCAUGAUUAGUGUUAUCUCCAUGCUGGCAGACCCAAAUGGUGACUCGCCAGCCAACGUGGAUGCAGCAAAAGAGUGGCGGGAAGACAGGCACGGAGCAUUUAAAAGAAAAGUUGCACGCUGUGUACGGAAAAGCCAAGAGACUGCGUUUGAGUGA